AUGUCGUCGUCCUCAACAGACGCAAAGGCUGCCGCCGCCUUUCCCGAUGGCACGAAGGACUAUGUGCCCCUUCGAGGCAACACUGCCGCCAAGGUCGAGGCCGCCAAGUCAAAGGUGCAUAUUGCCGACACGCCUAUGACCUGGGGCAACUUCCACCAGCACGUCAACUGGCUCAACACCACCUUCAUCGUCAUCGUUCCCCUCAUCGGAUUCAUUUCCUCCUACUGGGUUCCUCUCCGACCCUAUACCGCUCUCUGGGCCGUCUUCUACUACUUUCACACUGGCCUCGGCAUCACUGCUGGGUAUCAUCGUCUCUGGUCUCACUCCUGCUACAAGGCCACCACUCCCCUCAAGAUCUACCUCGCUGCUGUCGGCGCUGGUGCCGUUGAGGGUUCCAUCCGUUGGUGGUCGUAUGGCCACCGCGUCCACCACCGAUACACCGAUACCGAGAAGGACCCCUACUCCGUCCGCAAGGGGUUCUGGUACUCCCACAUGGGAUGGAUGGUUUUCAAGCAGAACCCUAAGCGCCAGGGCCGAACCGACAUCACCGACCUUAACGAGGACCCUAUUGUCGUCUGGCAGCACAGGAACUUCCUAAAGUGUGUCGUCACGAUGGCUCUCAUCUUCCCUACCGUCGUCGCUGGUCUCGGCUGGGGUGACUGGCUUGGUGGCUUCGUCUAUGCUGGUAUCCUCCGCAUCUGCUUCGUCCAGCAGGCCACCUUCUGCGUCAACUCGCUAGCCCACUGGCUCGGUGACCAGCCCUUCGACGACCGAAACUCUCCUCGUGAUCAUGUCAUCACUGCCUUUGUUACUCUCGGAGAGGGCUACCACAACUUUCACCACGAGUUCCCCUCCGAUUACCGCAACGCUAUCCAGUGGUACCAGUACGACCCUACUAAGUGGUCUAUCUGGGUCUGGAAGCAGCUUGGCCUUGCCUACGACCUGAAGCAGUUCCGUCAGAACGAGAUCGAGAAGGGCCGUGUUCAGCAGCUCCAGAAGAAGCUCGACCAGAAGCGUGCCACACUCGACUGGGGUAUCCCUCUGGACCAACUCCCUGUUAUCCACUGGGACAACUUUGUUGCCGACUCCAAGAACGGCAAGGCCCUCGUCGCUAUUGCCGGUGUUAUCCACGACAUUGGUGACUUCAUCAAGGACCACCCCGGUGGUCGGGCCCUCAUCAACUCCUCCAUUGGUAAGGAUGCCACCGCCAUCUUCAACGGUGGUGUUUACAACCACUCCAACGCCGCCCACAACCUCCUGUCAACCAUGCGCGUGGGUGUUCUCCGUGGUGGCGGUGAAGUCGAGGUCUGGAAGCGAGCUCAGUUUGAGAAUAAGGAUGUCACCUACAUGAACGACUCUGCUGGCCAGCGUAUUCACCGCGCCGGUACCCAGGUGACCAAGGUUGUCCAGCCUGCUGCCAGCGCCGACGCUGCUUAA